AUGACAGGCGAGUUAAUUUUGGAGAAGGCAAGAGAAACAAUGAAACUUGUAUACCCUCAAGAAGAAGCUCAUCAACUUUCUCCAGGUUGGCUUGGAAAGUUUAAGUUACGACAUGGUACCAGAUCCUUUCGUCGUUUUGGAGAGAGUGGUUCAAUUGACAUACAAGACAUGGUGAAGAAAUUGGAGGCUAUAAGGGAAAAAAUAGAUAGCUUCCCCAAGAAAGAUGUUUUUAAUAUGGAUGAAACUGGUUUGUUUUAUAGGUUACAAGCUGAUCAUUCUCUCGCUACAAAACAGCUUGAAGGAAAAAAGCAAGACAAAGAAAGGCUAACAAUUGUUAUUUGCUGCAAUGAAGAUGGCUCUGAAAAAAUUCCCUUAUGGAUUAUUGGAAAAUAUGCAAAACCACGCUGUUUCAAGAAUAUAAACAUGACUGGUUUGGAUUGUCACUACCGUUCCAACAAAAGAGCUUUAAUGACUAGUGUGAUUUUUAAAGAGUAUAUCCGCUGGUUUGAUAAGAAGAUGCAUGGUAGAAAAGUUUUGUCUGUGAUAAAUAAUUGUCCAGCACAUCCAAAAAAUAUUGAAGGACUACAAAAUAUUGAUCUGUUCUUCUUGCCACCCAACAUGACAUCAAAAAUUCAACCUUGUGAUGCAGGAAUAAUAAGAGAUUUUAAGAUGCAUUAUCGUAGAAGACUUUACCGUCAUAUAUUAGAAGGCUAUGAGUUGGGACAAUCUGAUCCAAGUAAAAUUGGAUGCUAUCAAUUUUGCAGUAGCGGCUUGGAAUGUUGA